AACAAGAAACUGAAUAUUUUUGAGUCAGUUURAAUCUUCCUCAUACAUGCCGAAUUAAAGGCAAAUAGCUCUAUCAAUUUUUGCCUUUUCUAUCUAARGGARCUAAGUUUACGCGUUUUGAAUAAAUGAGGUUUCUGGAUUACGCAGAUAGUUCUGCCUCGGUGAAAAGAAAAGAAGUUGUUGCCACGUUAGAUGAAGUGACUCUUGACGCAAGUCAAACAUUGAUAAAUGAGUGGCUYGGUUUUACAUUUACGGAUCAUAUGGCUUAAGCCUAAUUAGAAGCUAAUGAGAUGAAAAAGGUUGUGUGCUGAAUAACAACWCGUAAGUUAACAAUUUCUUGUUGAAUCCGUUUCAGGGCUUCAUGUAGCAACACGCACACGCUUGGAUAGCUCACGAUAACGCUUAGAUAAUUCAUUAGAUUACUCUAUUUCAGGAUGUUUGAGAAWAUUUCAGCGAGAGACGAUCAUCACGACGACGUCGAAAUGGACAACACAGCUCACCAAAAAGGCAACCAUAUUGGGUUAGCAUUCUCUGGUGGAGGAAUCAGAAGUGCAGCAUUCAGUUCGGGGAUUCUGCGUCGUCUUCUUCAAAAGAAGAUUCAGGUGGACUAUAUGAGCUGUGUUUCUGGUGGGAACUUUACCGCAGCGGCGUAUUUGGAUUGGAAAUAUCGUCAUGACCAAACGGAUGACCACACAUGGCAUCAUGCGCUAUUUGAAAACAUGCGAUCACGAUCGAGUAUUUUUUGCGACUGGYGCAAGUUUCACAAAGGUCUUAGAGAUACAACCAUUCUAGUUUUAACUCUGAUUUUGGUUAACGCUGUAAUCCCUAUCAUAGUGUGGGGAGGACUUGCACUGCCMACGGCAUACGCCGUUGACUUUCUCUUUGGUGAUAUCUUACGCAAYGGGUUCAAUUGCAGCAUACCCAUUCCACAAAACUAUCCAUUUUCCAACACCACAAGAUGUUUAAGCCAUCAUGACCACCAUUAUCCAGGCGUUAACAGUCAGCUCAUCUUGUUUGUAAGCUUUCUUGCAUCCUUCUUGCUCAUGUUCGUCCUUAAAAUCAUCGUCAGUAAGUCACGGAUCAUUCACUUUCUGCAGUUAUUAUCWGGAACUCUGUUUGCAAUGGUGUUCCUCCCUUGGUUCCUGCAGCAGUUCUUUGAUAGUAUUCCAACYUGGCUUAGUAUCCUAAUCAUCGCCUUGAGUUUGUUCUUUUGGUGUGGAUUUCCACCACUUCGCAGGAUUGCCUCCCUUGCCGGUAUCUUCUACGUCUUUGCGUUCAUCGUCAAAUGGCGUGUAUAUCGUAGUCACUGCAUUAUCUUGGACUACAGAGACGAGUACUUUUAUAAAGCAAUGCUAGUGGCCGGGUUUGCUCUUUGGGSYAGUCCUUACUUGGGAACCUUACAGUCUGCAAUCAUUUAUUUUGUAGUGAGAUGGAGACUCCAAAGCUCUUURUUCACGGACGAAAGCGUUGGUGCACUUGGAGUUGGUGGAAUGACGUGCUUGGGCUUUUUUCCUAUCCUGUCACCCAUCUGUGACUUCUGUUGUAACAAACAGAGAGCACUUACGAUGGCCGAUAUAGCAAACAUGAAACCUGAAUACAUUAGCAAUCUCGAAGCUUCCAACUGGCGCUAUAGUCCCGKAGCUCAGCCAUCUGUAAUGAUWGGGGUUGGAACUAGUAAAAUUGAAAUCAUAACUAAACAACCGGGUUCUGARAAGCUCAAAUGCCCGCUCAUUCCCCAYCAUKUUCAACUUGCCGACGCUAUGACAACAGCGGCUAUUAUAACAAAGCCACCCCCUGAUCAAGAAAACCAGUUCGAGCCUUGGCGUGAGCUGCUUCUCAUCCUUGGAUUACAAGUAGCAAACCCUACAAUAACACAGCCUACUGUCGACCAUAAYUGCAGUUUUAAGAAGUUUGCUUCAAUUGUCCUGCAAAGUAUCGUUGGUAUUCCAAUUAUCUUCCUGGCAGUCAUAUGGCUGGCUGAUUUUAAGUUAAGUCCUCGGCUCAUUGAAGGCCUUAUCGUGCUUAUCUUCAUCUGCUAUGUUGUUGUAUUUUCUAUCAUCGCCAUGUUGCCUACUGGAGCAAAGAAAUCGUGGUUUGGGGAGUCCUUUGUCAGGUAAUGAGGCAGUGUU